UUGUCUUAAACAUCGCGACAGUGAUUUGUCCCCAGCCACACCAAUCUAAGAUAGGAGAAGUAAAGAUGCUGCGGCACAAAAGACAUGCUGAUUCUUACAGGGAAACUCUCGUUUUGUGCUUCCUCUGCCUUCUCUUCUUUCUCGACAGAUUUGAAGGAGCUACGACUGUUCCAGCAGAAGUUGCCGCGUUAAAUGCGAUCCUGGGGAGAUGGGGAUGGACGGCUUCGGCGACGUCGUCGCCGGCGUGGAACAUCAGCGGAGAGCCCUGCAGCGGCGCCGCCAUCGACUCCACCGCCCUCGACGACCCUAACUUCAGCCCCAGCAUCAAAUGCGAGUGCUCCUACGACAACGCCACCACUUGCCACAUCGUUCAACUUAGGGUGCACGCCUUGGAUGUGAAGGGGGCAAUCCCAGAUGAGCUGCAAAAUUUGACGUACCUCUUCAACUUGGAUCUAAAUCAAAAUUAUUUGACUGGUCCUUUGCCAGCAUUUAUUGGAAACUUGACAAAGUUGAAAUAUUUGACUUUCGGUGCAAAUGCAUUAUCAGGGUCCAUACCAAAGGAACUUGGCAAGCUCACAAGUCUUAUCUCGCUGAGUCUAGGAACGAAUAACUUCACCGGUCCAAUCCCUCUUGAGCUUGGGAAUCUGACCAAUCUUCAACAAUUAUAUAUUGAUAGCUGUGGAGCAAGUGGUGAGUUCCCAUCAACGAUAUCAGGACUUAGCAGCUUGCAGAUAUUGUGGGCCUCUGGCAAUAAUUUCACUGGCAAAUUUCCAGACUUUAGCCGGACUAAUCUAACUACAUUGAGGAUUCAAGGGAACUCUUUUGAAGGUCCAAUCCCUUCAAGUCUUUCCAAUAUGACCAAAGUGACUGAUCUGAGGAUUGGUGACAUACAAAAUGGGAGCUCAUCUUUGGCAUUCAUUCGUAAUCUAUCAUCACUAAGCAUAUUAAUAUUGAGGAAUUGCAGGAUAUCUGACAUUAUGCCAUCAGACUUUUCACGGUUCACUAGUUUGCAGAGAUUGGAUUUGAGCUUCAACAAUCUGACAGGCCAAAUUCCUCAGUCUCUCUUCAAUUUGACCUUGCUAAGUUCCUUAUUUCUUGGAAAUAACAGUUUAUCCGGUAGUUUGCCCACUAGCAAGAGCGAAUCACUUCUUAAUAUUGACUUAUCAUAUAAUCAACUGGGAGGAAGUUUCCCUUCAUGGGUUAGUGAACAAAAUCUGAAAAUAAAUUUGGUAGCCAACAACUUCGUGAUUAGUGGUUCCAAUAACAGUGUUCUGGCGUCAGGAUUAAAUUGUUUGCAACGAGAUAUUCCUUGCAAUCAUAGGGUACCCAUUUAUUCCUCAUUUGCAAUAAAUUGUGGUGGUAAUAAAACCGUCACAUCUUCUGAUGGGACUCUGUACGAAAUUGAUGGAAGAACUCUGAGUAGUGCUUCUUAUUAUGUGACCGAAACAAACAAGUGGGCAGUUAGCACUGUUGGAAGCUUUCAAGAUGCCUCAAAUGCUGAAUAUACUCUAUACAGUUCAUCCCAGUUCCAGAAAACUCAAGAACCAGAGUUAUAUCAGACUGCAAGAAUUAGUCCCUCAUCUCUUAGAUAUUACGGGCUCGGCCUUGAGAAUGGAAAUUACACAGUCAUGUUGCAUUUUGCGGAGACACAGAUAUUUGAUCCACCUACUUGGAGAAGUACUGGAAGAAGAAUUUUUGACAUUUAUAUCCAAGGGAAUCGUGUGUUGAAGGAUUUUGACAUAAGAGCUGAAGAAAAUUCCUUUACGGCUGUUACUAGAAAGUUCAUUGUUCCAGUGACAGAUAACUUUCUCGAGAUUCAUUUCUUUUGGGCUGGAAAAGGUACUUGUUGUGUGCCUGAUCAAGGUUAUUAUGGGCCAUCUGUCUCGGCAAUCAGUGUCAAUCCUUAUGAUUUCAUUCCUACUGUUAGCAACGAGCCACCAUCUAGUGCAUCAAAAAAUAGUAACAAGAGUACUAUUGUUGGCAUUUUUUCUGGCAUUGGAGCUUUAGUUCUACUUAUUGUCUUUGGGAUUUUGAUCUAUUGGCAGAGGCAAAGACUCAGCAAGGAUGAUGAAGAUGAAUUACUAGAAAUGAGUUCCAGGCCAGAUACUUUUAGUUAUGCUGAACUGAGAAGUGCUACUGAAGACUUUGACCCUUCCAAUAAACUAGGAGAGGGAGGGUUUGGUCCAGUAUUUAAGGGAAACCUUGUUGAUGGAAGAGUUGUGGCUGUGAAGCAACUCUCCAUAACUUCUAACCAAGGAAAACACCAGUUCAUGACAGAAAUUGCAACAAUAUCUGCAGUGCAGCACCGUAAUCUCGUGAAGUUAUAUGGUUGCUGUGUCGAGGGAGGCAAAAGGCUUUUGGUCUAUGAAUAUCUAGAGAACAAGAGCCUUGAUCAGGCAAUCUUUGGUAGGAGUAAUCUGCACCUAGAUUGGUCUACCCGCUCCGAAAUAUGUUUGGGCACGGCGAGAGGUCUAGCUUAUCUCCAUGAGGAGUCGAGGGUACGAAUUGUACACAGAGAUGUUAAGGCCAGUAACAUUCUCCUUGAUGCUGAUUUAUAUCCCAAAAUAUCUGAUUUUGGCCUUGCCAAGCUUUACGAUGACAAGAAGACUCACAUCAGCACAAGAGUUGCCGGUACAAUAGGUUAUCUUGCACCGGAAUAUGCUAUGAGAGGGCAUCUCACGGAAAAGACUGAUGUCUUUGCAUUCGGAGUUGUAUGUCUGGAAGUACUUUCUGGGAGAUCCAAUGCAGAUCAGAGCCUUGAACCUGCAAAAGUUUAUCUUCUUGAAUGGGCUUGGAAUCUACGUGAGAAGAAGUGUGAAUUGGAACUAUUGGACCCAACAUUGUCGUCAUACGAUGAAGGACAGGCGAUCCGUCUUAUUAACAUAGCUUUGUUGUGCACUCAAGCCUCUCCUUUGCUACGCCCUUCCAUGUCGCGGGUGGUGGCCAUGCUGACAGGGGAUCUUGAUGUAGCUGAAGUCAAGUCAAGACCUGGAUACCUUAUAGACUGGCAGUCCAAUGACAGCAGUAGCAUUCCAAGUGGAUUCUUCAAGCCUUCAACAUCCGGAAAUCCGGAGACCAGCACAUCAAACACAAGCAUGCUGAACGACACCGAAAGAACGCCUUCACCUUCCCAACCAAUUUUAGAUGAAUCCAUCGAUGAAGGAAGUUUCACAAGGUAUGGGGACAGCUCAUGAAGACUGGUUAUCAAAGCUCAUGCUUGGCUCAUCAGGUAUCUUUCCUUUUACCGUCAAUCACAAUACUUUUCCUUCUUUCUUGCUUGUUCCGUGAUUUUUUUUUUUUUCGGAUGUCUUUUCUGCUGGUUGAGAGGUUUGCUUAUUUAUACACAAGACAAGUAACAAACUUGAGCUUGCACUCUCUUGACAAAUACUACAGUCCAAAUGAAGAUUACAUGCCCCAUGAAUUUGAUAUUCUUGGACCAGUAUAGGAAAAUCUCUCACAACUGCAGUCAGUGUAGAUGGAACUGCGACCCGACAUGAAAUUGAUGCAUUCACAGGAAAUCUCCUGGAGGUUUACAUAAUAGUUAGUCACCUUUCAAAUGCUUUCUAACAUGAUAUAACAAAGUUGUAGCUAAAGGUUAAUACGGAAGAUGAUUCCAAAGAACAUUAGUUGCUCAUGAAGUGUUUGAUUCUCAGAUUUGUGCCAAAAAUGGUGAUUUUUUUUUUCAAACGAAAACAUUCUCAAGGUUUGGUAGUGAAACUGUUCUAUUUGAUACCCUCGA